UCGCCAAGCGGGGAGCGCGGGUCGGUGUCGGCGGCGGUGAGCGAGGGCUGGAGCGCUGAGGGCCGACGCGCGGCGCGGCUGCCAUGGGUGCGCAGUGACUGCUGCUCAGCGGGAACUUCCUUGGCGGCGCGGGGCUCCCUGGCUAGCGGUGCGUCUCCUCCGUCACCAUGAAAGACGACUUUGCAGAGGAGGAGGAGGUGCAGUCCUUCGGAUACAAGAGGUUUGGUAUUCAGGAAGGAACACAAUGUACCAAAUGUAAAAAUAAUUGGGCACUGAAGUUUUCUAUCAUAUUAUUAUACAUUUUGUGUGCCUUGCUAACAAUCACAGUAGCCAUUUUGGGAUACAAAGUUGUAGAGAAAAUGGACAAUGUUACAGGUGGCAUGGAGACAUCUCGCCAAACCUAUGAUGACAAGCUCACAGCAGUGGAGAGUGACCUGAAAAAACUAGGGGACCAAACUGGGAAGAAGGCUCUAAGCACCAAUUCAGAGCUCUCCACCUUCAGAUCAGACAUUCUGGAUCUUCGACAACAACUUCGUGAGAUUACAGAAAAGACCAGCAAGAACAAAGAUACGCUGGAAAAGUUACAGGCAAGUGGGGAUGCAUUGGUGGACAGGCAGAGUCAACUGAAAGAAACUUUGGAGAACAACUCUUUCUUCAUCAGCACUGUAAACAAAACCCUCCAGGCAUAUAAUGGCUAUGUCACGAAUCUGCAACAAGAUACCAGCGUGCUGCAGGGCAAUCUGCAGAGCCAAAUGUAUUCUCAUAAUGUGGUCAUUAUGAACCUCAACAACCUGAACCUUACCCAGGUGCAGCAGAGGAACCUCAUCACUAACCUGCAGCGGUCUGUGGAUGACACGAGCCAGGCUAUCCAACGAAUCAAGAACGACUUCCAAAAUCUGCAGCAGGUUUUCCUGCAAGCCAAGAAGGACACUGAUUGGCUGAAGGAGAAAGUCCAGAGCUUGCAGGCACUGGCUGCCAUUAACUCUGUCUUGGCCAAAGCCAAUAAUGACACCCUGGAGGAUAUGAACAACCAGCUCAGCUCAUUCACAGGUCAGAUGGACAACAUCACCACAGCCUCACAAGCCAAUGAGCAAAACCUGAAAGACCUGCAGGACGUACACAAGGACGUGGAGAACAGAACAGCCAUCAAGUUCAGCCAGCUAGAGGAACGCUUCCAGAUCUUUGAGACAGAUAUUGUAAACAUCAUUAGCAACAUCAGUUAUACAGCCCACCACCUGCGGACGCUGACCAGCAAUCUGAAUGAAGUCAGGACCACCUGCACAGAUACCCUGACCAAACACACAGAUGAUCUGACCUCCUUGAAUAACACACUGGCCAAUAUCCGUUUGGAUUCUGUUUCUCUCAGGAUGCAACAGGAUAUGAUGAGGUCGAGACUAGACACUGAAGUAGCAAACUUAUCAGUGAUUAUGGAAGAAAUGAAGCUGGUAGACUCCAAGCAUGGUCAACUCAUCAAGAAUUUUACAAUCCUACAAGGUCCUCCUGGCCCCAGGGGUCCAAAAGGUGACAGAGGACAACAGGGCCUCCCUGGACCCACUGGCAACAAGGGACAGAAAGGAGAGAAGGGGGAGCCUGGGCCGCCUGGCCCCACCGGUGAGAGGGGCCCAGUUGGGCCGGUUGGCCCCCCCGGAGAGCGAGGCGGCAAAGGCUCCAAAGGCUCUCAGGGUGCCAAAGGCUCCCGUGGGUCCCCCGGGAAGCCUGGCCCUCAGGGUCCCAGUGGGGACCCAGGUCCCCCAGGCCCCCCAGGCAAGGACGGACUUCCUGGCCCCCAGGGCCCUCCCGGCUUCCAGGGACUACAGGGCACCGUGGGGGAGCCCGGGGUGCCUGGACCACGGGGGCUGCCAGGCUUGCCCGGGGUGCCAGGUAUGCCUGGCCCCAAGGGCCCUCCAGGCCCCCCAGGCCCAUCAGGAGCAGCAGUGCCCCUGGCCCUGCAGAACGAGCCGACCACAGCGCCUGAGGCCAAUGGCUGCCCGCCUCACUGGAAGAACUUCACAGACAAAUGCUACUAUUUUUCGGUUGAGAAAGAAAUUUUUGAGGAUGCGAAACUUUUCUGUGAAGACAAGUCUUCACAUCUCGUCUUCAUAAACACGAGAGAGGAACAGCAAUGGAUAAAAAAACAGAUGGUGGGGCGAGACAGCCACUGGAUCGGCCUUACUGACUCGGAGAAUGAAAACGAAUGGAAGUGGCUGGAUGGGACCAUUCCAGAAUAUAAAAAUUGGAAAGCUGGACAGCCAGAUAACUGGGGCCAUGGCCACGGGCCAGGAGAAGACUGUGCUGGGCUGAUUUACGCUGGGCAAUGGAACGAUUUCCUGUGUGAAGACAUCAAUAACUUCAUAUGUGAAAAAGACAGGGAGACCGUAGUAUCAUCUUCAUUAUAAUGGAUUGUGAUGUAAUAACAUGAGCAAGUUUUCGGACAGUUCUAAAGGCAAAGAAUACUUCCUUCUGAUUGCAUCACCUGCUCACCAGAUUGAAAAAAAAAAGCACUGAAAACCAAUUACUGAAAAAAUUUGACAGCUAUUGUUCUUCACCAUCUGCCAUUACUCAAGGACUUUGGAACAAAAAUGUUCCUCUAGUAUAACAUAUUGAUUUUCAGUAUGUAAAUGGACUGAAUCACAUAGAUUUUUCAGCCAGUAACUGUACAGUUAUGCAAGUCAUAUCUUCCAAAGUAUGGAAUGCUCUGAUCAUAAAAAGAUUAUCAUUGGUUAUUGAGCUUUAGGAAGAACUUAAACAUAUACUGUGUAAACAGUACCUUACGUUUCUAAAAUCCCAAAUGUAGAAAAAAUAUGCAGACAUAGAGAUAUAUAGGCCAACUUUUAAUAAUAUGAAAUAUACUUAAAGAGCUUUUAAAACUGUAUUUUUGUACAAAAUAUUUGCCUUUUUACAAUUUUUUCUUUUUUUUUUUUUGUCAUUUUACCAAUAUAAUACAUGGAGCCAAAGAAAACAAUAUGGUACUAAUAAAAACUCAAAGGAUUUGUCAGAUUUAAUUUUACCCAAUGGCAAAGAAUUUUUUUAGCUGCGGUUUUUUAAAAAUAAUUAAAUGUGUGUGUACGUAUAUAUUUUUUUAAUGCAUCAUUUCCUCAGAGGAGCCAAUCGUGAAAUGUCUAGAAAUGCCCUUACAGAGUUUGCCAGUAUAGGACAAGCCUGAGCAUAUAAAUGGCUCAGUCAAGUGGGCUGUGCAUCGAGCCGAUCACCAACCAACACCCUUGCUGUGUGCCUGGCAGGCCCAGAGUUUAACUCAGGAUGUGCAUCUCCUUCAUGUUGGUGGAGGCAGGGGUUGGUGGAGAGGCAUCUGUUGGGAAAAGUGGAGCACUUGAACCUGGCUAUCUAGAAGGCCCUGUUUUAUGGGUGAGGUAUUAGACCCAUACCAGAGCUCAUACUGACUGUCAGGAAAAUACAGCAUCACAUCAGCCAAAGGCAGAGAUGCUAAAAAGAUGGGGACAGCUAUGUGCUACCUGGAAAGUUUGUUUACUUAAGUCAGGUUCCAAAAAAACAUAAUUCCAAGGCACAUGCAUGAUAAAACGCAAGAAUAAACUUUUGGCCACUUUGUUGAACUUUUGCAAAGAACCUUUUCUCUGAGCCUAUCUUCUACUCCUUGAUUGCCAUGGAAAAGUGUAACAUGAACUAUGCUGAAAAUAAGCACUAAAUAUAACCGAUGCUCAAAGGUAAGAUUUCCAUCCAACAGAUUCCUUCUCCUCCCCUCCCAAGCUCCCCAGGCAGUGCUGCUACCCAUUCCAAAUACAACAGUAAAAGAAUAAAGACAGAGUUUGACUUUUACACCUGCAGCCGUGUGGAUUAUCUCGUCUUGUUCCUGGUCACUAUCGUGCCCUCUCUGCAGCACAGGAACGGCCAUCUCCUCAGCACCUUUAUGCCCUGCCAUUGGUCUGUGUGGCCUGGUCAGGAUGGCAGGACCAAGCAUCAUCUGGGCCCUGCAACACAGCGCAGGCACUGGACUCUGGUAGCUCUUCAAGGCUCAAGACCUUUUAUAGACUAAACUCAAUCCUCUUUUUCAUCCUCUCCCUGUUUUUUAAGACUCAUGUUCAGAAGCAACUUGAAAUUAAAUGUCUGAUGCCAUCAUCAGAAAAGAACAGUGCUAGCUCCUGCAGCUGAGAUUCAGGUACCUCUCCCAGCCCUAGUGGUAACUUAUCAAGUGCUUAUCAUUUGUCAGGCACUGUACGGAGGACUUCAGUCAGAUGAUCCCAGGUCAUCCUCUCAGCAGCUCUAUGAAGUAGGACUUACUACUCCCCCCAUUUUACAGAGAAAGGAGGGGCUCAGGGAGGUGAUGUGAUUUGCUGGGUCACACCCUCACCAAGGUGUGAUACAGGCUUCAGACUUGAGCUUUUACAACAUCCUGAUUUUCUUCAACUACCAGGGUCCUUAUGAAUAAUAUACUGAAU